CACCGCCGCUGGCUCAAAACAUCUAAACCGAAGGAUGAACUCACAACUUCAUUGGCAGAAAUAGUCCGAGAGAACAGACGAGAGAGACCGAACGGAGACGAAAACCGAGUGCGCAAAUAACUCGUGGCGGCGGCGGGUGCCUGCGUUUCCUAAUAGGUGUCCGUUUCAAAUAAUAUCAAAGCAAGAAGUUUCACUUUCCACAGGCGGAUGGGUGACUAUCGCUCUCGGCGGCGCUUUGUGAGGAGGAGAUGAUGAAGAAUUUCAGCAACAGUCCCCUUCACAAUAACCAGACUCCAAACCACAUUAGAGAUUGGAACAACAAAAAGUUCGGUUUUCUCUCGGCGGUUCUGUUACGUUUUUCCCUGCGAGGUUAUGGUUUUUGCAUGGCUAGUCUAUUCAUCUUCUGUUUUGGGUCUCUGUUUUACCAGUUGAACGGGGGACCCCCCAACAUUCUAUUGGACAUCCGACAGUAUCUCGGAGAAUCCACAUAUCUCGAUGACCACGGACCCCCAGCUCCCCGCGUGCUGCCGUUCCCCAGUCAAGUGGUGUAUAAUCGUGUGGGGAAGUGUGGCAGCAGGACGGUAGUCAUCCUACUAAGGUUACUGGCAGAGAGACACCAGUUCAACCUGGUCUCCUCAGACAUCCACAACAAGACACGCCUCACCAAACAUGAACAGGUGGACCUUAUGAGGAACAUCAGCAACAUCCCUCAGCCUUUCCUGUACACCAGACAUGUCCACUUUCUCAACUUCACCCGGUUCAGGAUAGAGCAGCCUGUCUACAUCAACAUCAUACGGGACCCCAUUAACCGUUUCCUCUCCAACUACUUCUUCCGACGUUUCGGGGAUUGGAGGGGGGAGCAGAAUCACCUCAUCCGAACACCAGGGAUGAAAGGUGACGAGAGAUACCUGGACAUCAAUGUGUGCAUCCUGGAGAAUUACCCAGAAUGCUCCAACCCCAGACUCUUCUACAUCAUCCCAUAUUUCUGUGGACAGCACCCCCAGUGCAGGGAGCCGGGGCAAUGGGCACUGGAGAGGGCCAAACAGAACGUUCUAGAGAACUUCCUUAUCGUGGGGAUCCUAGAGGAGCUGGAAGAUGUCCUGCUUCUUCUAGAGAGACUGUUACCUCACUACUUUACUGACGUACUCAACAUCUACAAGAGCCCAGACUACAGGAAGAUGGGGAACAUGACUGGUACGGUGCGUAAACACACACCCACUCUGGAGGCCCUUCAGGUUCUGUACCACCGCAUGCGCUACGAGUACGACUUCUACAACUUCAUCCGAGACCAGUUCCACUUGAUGAAGAAGAAGAUUGGCCUCAAAUCGGUCCCCCGACCACCUUCCCACCAGGCCUCCUUCCUAAGAGACCUCUCCCUCCGAACCCCAGAGCCCCUGGAUGAAGAUGAGGAGCUGGAGACCGACCUGGAGGACGCCAACAGCUGGUUGGUCCAGCCCUGACCAAUGCCGUGGUGACUGAGGACUUUACUUGCGUCUGGUUGGCUGGAGGUGGCAUGAUAAAGGGGCGGGGGAUGUGCCCUGUCUGUCAGCAUUCCCAGGAGGAGGAUUGGUUGGGGGUGUGUGGAUCCUGAUGCCUGUGUUUUUACGGGCUACAUAUUCCGUUCAUCUUGGACUCUCUACUCACCGCUGAGAACCUUAGGAGUGGGCUCUGAUUCUCUGCUACCACUGAGGAUCUUGGGAGUGGGCUCGGACUCUCUGCUCACCGCUGAGGACCUUGGGAGCGGGCUCGGACUCUCUGCUACCGCUGAGAACCUUAGGAGUGGGCUCAGACUCUCUGCUACCACUGAGGACCUUGGGAGUGGGCUCGGACUCUCUGCUACCACUGAGGACCUUAGGAGUGGGCUCAGACUCUCUGCUACCACUGAGGACCUUGGGAGUGGGCUCGGACUCACUGCUACCACUGAGGACCUUGGGAGUGGACUUGGACUCUCUGCUACCGCUGAGGACCUUCGUUGUGGGCGGAUGGAUGGAUGGACGAACUGACAUAUUUAAAGAUUGACUAGAAUAAUGGAUGGGGGGGUGCUUUAAAAAGUUCACUUUGCUUGUUUUAAGGUUUUAUUUUUGUUUUGUUGGUUUGAGGCCGUCCUGUUUGGGGUAUCUCCAGGUGAGAUGAGACAAAAGGGAUUUGGACCUAUGAACAUUUUAAAUGUUGAGGGGAGGGCUGCAUCUUAGGAUCAGGAAAAAUUCAGAUACCAACAUAGGUGCAGGAAUGAUGGGGGUGAAGGAGCGUGUUGAGGUGUGAGAGAGCAGGGAAGAGACAGGGAUGAUGGGGGUGAAGGAGCGUGUUGAGGUGUGAGAGAGCAGGGAAGAGACAGGGAUGAUGGGGGUGAAGGAGCGUGUUGAGGUGUGAGAGAGCAGGGAAGAGACAGGGAUGAUGGGGGUGAAGGAGCGUGUUGAGGUGUGAGAGAGCAGGGAAGAGACAGGGAUGAUGGGGGUGAAGGAGCGUGUUGAGGUGUGAGAGAGCAGGGAUGAUGAAAUUGGAGGGGUUGUGUGGAACAGGUCUGUUUUUAGUGCUUGACCACUCUGUCUCUCCCAGCCUCCUUUUCUCCCUUUCUUUUCCCCUUAUUUUCUCUCUCUCCCUCACACUCUGCCUGUUUUAAGGGCCCUUGUUUUCUCUCUCUCCCUCACACUCUGCCUGUUUUAAGGGCCCUUGUUUUCAAAGUGUGAUUCAAAGUGCCAAACCGUCAAAUGGAAUGUCAUAGUCAUACACUUCUCUAAGUGCCAAACCUAACCAAGUGGGGUCAGACACCUUCUGUUCCUAGAAACCCUGUUUGGGAGGAUCCUCUGCUCACAGUGGGAGGGGGCGGGGUGACUUGGUUUAGCCCAAAUGUGAUAGUGUCUAUGCAUAACAGAAUCAGUUUACUUUGUUUAAUAGAUGUUGAUAUGAUGAGAGGGUCAAAUGGCAGGAAGAGCACCCAACUAUGAAUUCAAAGAAUUCCAACUGUGUGUCUACGAUUGGAUUUGACAACAACUGAUAAUGGAUUUGUCAAACUGAUAAUGUAUGAAGAAAGGUUGAAUAUUUUGGUACAUAACUUGGGAAAUAUUAAGACAUGUAUGAUGUUGGUUGGUGAAAAUGUGUUUUUCCUGAAAUGUUGACAUCUCCAUUGGACCGACCAUUGAUGUUUGACAUCCUUCAACAACAACAAAUAUUGAAUAAAAAGAUCAUUUCAAAGAUAAAUCUGAAGGAUGAAACAUCUUAAUCCAACGCCUUACCUGAACUCACCAAAUGAAAUGACAAUGUGUUCACAGUCUGCACUUGGUCUUAUUUGAGAUGGUUCAACCUCGGCUUGUUGGUUACUGUAAUGUCUAAAUCCACAACUUUGUUUCUAAACUCUCCCCUGACUCUCAGUGCUACAGUAUUUCAUAGAGCAGCCAUGGUGUUGUACUUUGGCCAUUUACUGAUAACUCAACACCCAGAGAAGAAAAUGGCCACAACCACCUACCUGGCAGUCAUACCUAUAGUUGCGGUCAAAUAUAUUGGCACCCUCACUAUUUCUUCUAAAAUAAGUAGAUUUGGAAAGAAAUAUUCAUGUGUAUGUGUUUGUGUCUGCACAGGACCAAGAAGAAAGUCAAAAAUCCAAACUGAAAUUAAGACUUUUCACUUCAAAGUCAAAAAUGGCCUUGACUAAGUGAUUCACAAUUCAAAUGAAUGUGUUUCUAAUUCUGGUUUACUGUGCAAUUUAUCUCACCUGUGGAAAGUUCCUGGAUCCUAUGGGGUAAAAAGAGCAAUUCAACCUGUUUUAAAUGCUCCAUUGCACUCAAUUAAAAAAGGGCAAGGGUGCCAAUAUAUUUGACCACAUCUGUAAGCCAUAGUCAUUGUACUGUCAUUGCCUUCAGCGUGGAGUUUUGACAUUUUAAUUUAUUAUUAUGUAUCCAUUUUCAUUCCAGGAAGGAUUCUCAGGAAAGAAAAGGUUUCUUACAACGUUGAAAUAAGUUGUACAAUCAAGCUAUUCAUAGUAUCUAAAGAUGAGUAAAAUAUCAUCUUAUAUCCCCAAUAAAAUUAUAUGAACAUUUUAAAGAAA